CAAGGAGAACUGUCACGUCAUUCGCCGACGCUACACUGUGUAUACCCAAGGAAGGCCGAGAUCUGACGAACAGACAACUCCCUCAGAAAAGAAAGGCCAUAGUUAAUAUUUUGGUCUGUUUCGUAUUUGUUUGGCCCCCUUCACUUUAAAACAUCAUGUUCCGUAACUUUUCUUAUGCUGCGUGCGCGCUCGCAGUUGGCAUAAAAAAUCAUGCCGACGGUCCCAAAGAUCUUACUCUACCCGCUGCCAAUAUGCUCAGUCUCGAAAAAUGUCUUCCUAGCGUGAGUGCCCAUCAUCAUCAUCACCAUGGCUGCGAACCCAUGUACGUUGGAGAUCGGAUCAAAAAGACUGUUGGUUUCCCACAACUGACGGCUUGCUGCAAGCCCCUGCGUUACAAAGACUUCAUCAUCUCCUACGAUACCAAGAACCGUAUCCCCAACUGGGUGUACGAGCAUCUCCAGUACAACAAAUUCUUCAAGGAUGACCCAUGCGACAAGAGAGUCAACGUAUGCCCAUACAAUGACGACGCCGCAGCUUUGGGCAUUGAGAAGCCCAAGUUCCACCCGGACUGCCGUAUCCACGGCUACCACCGCGCCGAUGUCAAGGACUACUGCGACACAGAUUAUGAGCUUGGCCUGAUGGCAGACCCCGCCAACUAUCCCUUCGACUCCGAAGCCUGCGCGGAGACCCAAGUCAUGACUAACGUCGUACCUAUUGUCCCUGGUUUCAGCUGUGGCCCAUGGUUUGACCUGCAGUGUUACAUCCGUGAGAAACUGGUCAGGGAGAACAAGAGCGUGUACGUCUGCUCUGGGCCUCUGUUCCUGCCAUGCGAUAACGAAGGCAAGGCGUGCAUGAAAUACGACGUCUUGGGCGAGGGUGAAGUGUCCGUGCCAUCUCACUUCUUUAAGGUGAUCAUCAUUGAGAGCCAUGACGGAAACCUGGAGCUGGAGUCUUACAUGAUGCCAAACGUCACCCCGGAGGAGGGAGCGGAAGUCAACCUGGACGACUACCUGACCCCGCUGUGCCAGAUCGAGCACGCUUCCGGUCUCAUCUUCUUCCCAGAGAAGAAGGUCUGCUUCACUAGCAACAACAAGAGGAGAGGUGCCCGUCUCCACGCGCUAUAAACUUGCAGCAAUAAAUCAUAGAACAUGUAUUUCGCCGUCAACUUUCCCCUAAACCAUUCGUCGUCACUGAUGUAUUUCGCAAUCUUGUCCAUAUAAAUUUGGAUCACGACGAACAGCUGCAUCAUGAUCUACGAACAGUUAAAAUUCAAACCAGCGUGAUAACGACUGUGUCUGCCUGUGAUGAGUGAGCUAUUCCCUGAUGUUGGGUUUCCUCCCCGAAGAAAUACUAUGAAGAAUAAUUUCAAGAGCAAUAUCUCAUUUAUGGUGCGGCAUCUUCUGAGGCAAGAUUUUGAGACUUGACUCAAAAACGUGCUGUGAGCCUGGCUUGCGUCGUAUCGCUUAAUUUCACCAUCUAAGUCUGGAUUCACAUCUGCUAUGAUGGAUACAAGUCCUUUACCUACACUGAAAAAAGAGAUCUAGGUGGGAGUGAUUAUUUCCAUAACGCCAUGAGCAUUAGUGGGCUUAUUUCUACUUAACAAAUGGCUGCCUGGCCCACACUUAUCAGUGUGCAACAUCAAAAAGAGGCUUUUUGUAGCAUCAAUAAAUUAUAGAACAAAUGUCGUCUUUAGAUAAACCAGUGCCUUUCAAAACAUG